AUCAUCAUCCUCAUCCUGAUGAGAUUAGUAUUUCUCGAAUCAGUCGAAUGUCAGCUCCGUUGGUGCAGGGACGCGAUACUGAGAACAGUAGUUGUUCAUGAUACUUGACCAUUCCCAAGCUUAGAUCAAUGGCGGACGGUAUCGAGGACCCUGCUGCUGACUCCGAAAGUCUGGUAAGUUUCCUCUUCCUGCUUCACUCUAUCGGAUACGAGUAUGACAUUUAUACAAUUUGAACUACCAAAUGGGUUUUCAGUUAAUAAUAUGCUACUUCGAAAAGGAUCUGAAUUGAAGAGACACAACUGACGGGUUGCCGAAUUCUGCAUAUAUGCUUGUUCUUUCUUUAAUAUUCUGUCAAUAAUCAAGAUUUCUAUUCAAGAACAAGUAAAAAAUCCGGUGGAUUUAAGCAAUUUGCAACAUAGCUAGCGAUGAAGCACGAAACCGAGAUCAGCAUUGGAUCUCAUAUCGAUAAACUUUCAGAAGGGCCAGAAAGCGAGAUAAGCUUUACCCAAAAGAUGUAUAGAAAGAAACUUAAGUGGACAUCCGAAAUCGAAGAAAAGCUCCACAAUGUGCGGCCAUGGAACUUGAGCGUCUACAGAGUGCCAAAUAGACUUCAUCAAGUCAGUGAGGAUGCCUACACCCCUCAUGUUGUCUCCAUUGGUCCUUUCCAUAGACACAAGCCUCAUCUAGUAGCUAUGAGAGAGCAUAAGUUGCGUUAUGCGCUAUACUUUUUUAAGCGAGCACAAGAAACAGCACAGAAACGAGCUCUAAAUUUCAGCUUUGGAUCACGAGAAUCUUCCGAAUGCAUGAGAGAAUGGGCAACUGCUAUCUAUGAUUCGGAUGCAUUGGUUCGUGCAAGUUACGCUGAAGACAUGAGCAACAUUAAUCAGGAGGAACUAGCAGAAAUAAUGUUGGUCGAUGGUUGCUUCAUAUUGGAACUUCUCAUCAGGUUUUACCUAUACAUGGACAGGAAGUUAGAAGGCCAUGAACCUGAUCCAAUUCUAGAAAGUGCUUGGAUGAUCGCAGAUAUACGUCAUGAUCUGGCAUUGCUUGAAAACCAAAAUCCCCUUGUGUAUUAUACUUGAUUUGUAUGAUGCUAUUAGUGGUCAUCAGACACUUAUCGACAAUGAUUUGCCUCCGCCAUAUUGUCUUGCUCUUCACUU